AUGCAGGAAUUAGGAAAUGAAUUUCUUAGAUACAUGAAAUCUGGUAAAGCAUCACUUUUGACUCCAUUCAAUCUUUGCUGUUUAUUAUCAAUGGCAAGAAUCCAUAGAUUCCAGGAUUUAGUUUUCAAUUAUCUAAAGUCAUCUAUAAUGGCUGUUUAUAAAGACAAAGAAAAACUCGAAAGUGCAAAAUGGAUCUCAAGUAACUAUAAUAAUAAUAACAACCAUGUUUAUUUCUUGAUGUUGGAUGGAUAUCUCUACAAUAAAAGUCUUUUCAUUUUUAUUUUAGAGUUAGAUAUAUCGCAAAUAGUUAGUUUAAUACCACUAGAUGAUCUUUUUAAAAAGGUAUUGAAAAAAACAUCCUUUGGUUACGAUAAUGUAAUUCAAAGUUUAGUACAGCUAGGAACUUUUAUCAUGGACUCUACUAUUUCAUCAGCUUCUUGUGUAAAGAUUACUGAGAAAAAAAUUGGAUCAAAAACACCAAAUGAAGCUGCUAGUGAUUUGGGUGUAAUCAUAUUAUUAGAAAUGUUCAAGAUGCAUGAGAUGGUUCGUGUUGAAAUUUUGGAUCAAAUACAGUCUCGUGUUGUAUCAAGGUCACCUAGUGUUGGUCAUUUUUUGACUUUAUUAGAAAUAAUUGUAAAAGAAAAACCUGAUUCUUUAAAUGAUUAUAUACAAAGAAUUAAAGGAACUCUUGAUCACUUUUCACUUCUUCCAUCUUAUAUUGCAGAUCAUCUUUUACGUGCAUUACAGCCAAUAAUUUAUAGAAACAUUUCAAUUCGUGAUGGACUUAUGUUGGCGGAAAAACAUCUUAAUGCACGUCAAUUACAAAGAGUUUUAAAAUUACAAGAACUAAUAGCCAAAGAAAUAUCAAAACCAUCACAAGAUGUAGUAGCACAUGUAAAACCAACUACUGCAACAGGAGGUCUGGAUCGAAUAAAAGGUUUGAUAUUACCAGAAACUACAGCUCACACUGGAGACGACGUUGCAGUUGUUGUGCCUAAGGUAGAUCAAUUAAAGGAUGAAUUAGAUGAUUUGGUUGCAUCGGAAUGUAUUCUUUGUGGUGAUCUAAUGAUUAAAACAAUCGAGCAACCUUUUAUUAAUGGAGAAGAAGGCGAUUUGCUUGCGUCUUGGGCCAUUUAA